AUGCCUAAGUUGAAGCACCCCAAACCACUGAGCUUCAAUAACCCUGCGGUGGGCUCGCCAUUGAAGACCGUCUUUUCGUCUGUUGACUUGCCGUCGGAAGAAGACCAGGAUGAUUCUGUGAAGAUACUAUCAGAUUUGGAAUUCUACCACCUUGACUACCCUAACAAUGUCGAUUUCACAGAUAAAGGAUCACCCUAUUUCGCUUUAGAUAAACCACCCACUUUGUAUCUACCAAAGAAGUUGCCUUAUGCUAUAGAAUCAGUCCACGAUCAAGCCCGGUAUCUGAGCCAUAUCGUUAAGCAUUUAUUCAUUGCCAUCAAUACUUUAGAUUUUCGGAAUGCAAUUCCUCUCACAGCCAAAGAUUUGCACAAUUCCUCUUCAAUUGCCCAAGAAAGUCAAUUAGAGUACAGAGAUGAAGAGAAUUUCGUGGACAACGAAGAAGAUGACUUUGAGGACGACAACGGUGACAUUGAUGAAUGCAUUGAAGAACAUUUGCUAGGUUCCUCUACUCCUGCAUCACAAGUUCAACCAAAAUCUGCUUCGAUAGUGAGCUUGAAGAAUUGGACUAUAGAAUUGCUGUCAUUCAUCAAGAUGAAAGGAAUUAUACCCUUAGACCUUAGAAUCAAGCUCAUCAGGACGUUUUACGGAAUAAACUUGGUUCAGGGUCAAAAUCUUCAACUAAAUCUUUAUCUGCAUUUAUUCAAAGUACUUUGCAAGGAUCAAAAGAUGCUUAAAAAUCUGCAUUUGCCCUGGUUGCAAUUGAUGAAACAGUUAGAGAAUUACUACCCUCAUGCCGAUUUUAACUAUGACUCAGGAGAUCGCAAACAGUUCAAUAAGCUACUGAAACUAGCCACUUAUGCUAACCCCUUUUUUGAUGAGAAAGACAUUCCUGAAAUUACAGAACGAAUCCUAUCGAACUUUACCAGUCAAACUCACCAUACGGUUCUUGUUGUUUUAAACAGCAUGUUGCCCAUCAAAGUAGAAAGAGAAUAUAUCCCCACAUUGUUUUUCAUUUGGGAGAGAAUCCCACCUUCAAAGUCGACGACCGAGCUUGUUUCAAUAUUAGGUAAAGUUACGGAAGAAGCUUUGGUGGCUAUUGCCCAAGAAGAUAAGCAGAGUUUGGGACUCUAUGGUGUGUUUACCCAGAAGCAGUUUGAAACUAUCAUGUAUCACUUGGUUCCUAGCCUCAAGAUUUAUCCCCAAUCUACUAGUAUAAUGCAUUCUAAGAGCUCCAAGUCUAACACACUAUUCAAAGCAUACGCUCAAAUAAUCAUCAACUCAAUUACCAAGGAUAAUUACGAAUUCAUUCUUGAUAAACUGUCAACAAUACUGUCCGUUAUGGCUAAUUAUGCACAUCCUUCAAAUCCUGGCGUUUGGUCUUCUUCAAUUGCAAAAUUGUGCCAUGCAUUGUGCUUACAACUUUAUCGGCGUCAUCUUCAAGAAACGAAUAAAUAUCCUCAUAAAAUGAAAUCUUUGACAGCUCUUCCUUCGUCCAUCAAACUCAACGGUGUCAUUACUGACAAGAUAAUCGUGAAGCUCAUGAAGGUUAUAACGAUUGGAACCCAAUCACGGAACAACGAGGUCGUGAAAACGUAUACUGCUUGUCUUUCGUUGUUGGGAUUCAUCAAUCCUAAUGUUGUACUUGAUAACGUCAUCACAGAUAUUUACACGUCCUUUGAUACUGUCAAUUCCUCGCACAGAUUGGCUGUGGCACUCAAACAGUGCACUGUUCUGGCCAGAUAUAUGGCAAUCACUCCGGUUUAUCGCUUACAUUUGAUCAGACUGAUGUCGUUGUUUUUGGAGGCAAUUGAUUCUAACGACUUGAGUAAAUCCUACUUGGCACUUCAGUUUUUUGCGGCAACAUCUUUAUCGGUUCCUUUUCAUGACUUGAGUGGGCAGUCUGAAGCAUCCGAUGGAGGUAUGCUAGCAAUGGAAUUAACAUCGCAACAUGUUUCCUACUUAGAAUCAUGUUUCUUUUCUCCAGGCGACCAUGAAGAGUUUCCGAUCGACAAAGAGUUAGAAAGCUUGGCAGUGAAGUCUGCAACAUCUUCCUUCACCUUAUUUAUCAAACAGUUCUUUUCACAGCUAACGAAAUUGCUGGAGAACUUACCCAAACCUGAUCCAAACACAGACAAUAUUGAGCUGAAAAUUGUAAACUUCAUUCCAGUUGCAAUUGGUAUUAUAUUUAAUUCCCUGUCCAUAGACCUUUUUAGAAUUUUUGCUAAAGAGUUCCUUGAAUACAUUUUGGAGAACAUCAAUCAUGAAAUUACUGACGUGUACUUGAACAUCCUUGCUUGUAUCAUUAAUCGAGAUGCUGAGUAUCAGGUACCAAAGUUCUAUCACAAUUUGAUUCCAAGAAUCAAGCUAGAAAUAAAUGAAAAUGGAGCUGGUAAAAUCAUUGGCUCUUCAGACGAUAUUUCUUCACGAGAUCGUGCUCUUGCAUGGUAUGUUUCUUUGCUCGGAGCAACGAUGGAAAAUGCUCACGAAGAACUAUUAAAAUUGGCUGACGAUGUGCUGGAAAUUACUGAAUUUAUAAUGGACGAAUGCACUGGAAGUGCUGCCCUUGUUUUUGGUCCCAACUUGUUAACUUCGAUCUUAUCGACGUUAACCAAAUCGUCUAUGACCGAAAAACUUUUGAUACCAGCUUAUUUGCUCGAUAAAAUUGACGAAUCGUAUUGGGGUGCAUUUCAAUUUGACUACAAAAUGAAGUACCUAGAGGACAAAAAUUUCACGACUUUCAAAUGGUUCCUGCCCACAGAAGAAACCGUUGAAUUUGCAGUUAAAUUAUUGGAAAUACACGUGCAAAAGGCAUUGAAGAACCUUGAAAAUUUAAAAGAAACACAUCAGUCAACAGUUUUCCAGAAUGAAUUUCGGCGAAACGUUUCCUACAUUGGUUGGGCAUUGUUUGGUGUGGCAGAAUUGUUUGACCCUGCUUUCAGCAAUGAAUCCGAUGAUAAGCUGGAAAAUUUUAAAGGAAGAGAAACACCUAUCACAGUUAGCAGAAAUGAAACGCCAGUUGGAAGCUCACCAACUGGCUCAAAUGCCAAGGACGAAGAUUCCAACUUAGACUGUUUUGAGAACGUACCCAUUAGCUCGUACAAGGAGGGGAGCAAAGAGGCCGACGAGGAUGAAGAGGGUUCAGAAUAUGAAGUGUUUUCUAAGGAAAACUCUGUCACCCCUGAAAACGAAACAUCUUUAGAAGAUUCGCCUUCGGGUAUUUGCCCGUCAUUGACAUCAAGGGAUAGUAAGCUAUACAGAUGCAACUACUUUUUUGGAGAUUCCAAGUUUACUAAGGAAAGCAGUCCUUUGUAUCAUAAGAUUCAUCAAAUAAGACUGUCAAUUGGUGAGUCACUUCACGACAUUUGCAACUUUUUGAUCCAAUAUCAUGAAGCUGACGUAGCCGCUUUCAAAUCACUUUCAAGCCUGUUUGCUGUCUAUAUUUGUGAUGUAGGCGUGGACACCUAUAUUCAAACUGGUAAAACGAAGGAUUCAUAUCGAUUUUUGACCUCGUUAUAUAAUCUACCAAGACUUAGAAAACCGUAUUCAAGACCGAUAAUCGGAGAAAGGAUAGAAUUGUUCCAUCAGCAACGGUUAUCAACAUUUGGUGGUACAAGAAUAGUCAAUUCUAUAGAAAAGCAGUUGGUUCAUGAUCUGGUACGCCUUUCCAUGAGCGUGUACUCUGAUAUUGGACUUAUGGCACAGAAUUGUCUCCUGUUGGUCAAUAAGAAGUUGAUAGGAACUCUGGGUACUAUUGUUUCAGGGUUAAACAUUGUGAGCAAGGCAAUUGAUGAUAACGAUGACCUGAAGAUUGAAAGGUCUCUUUCUUUUUUCUACCUCAAAGGAGUCCGAAACAAGAUACAAUCUAACUACGUUGAGCUGACACGAUAUAUCAAGUUAUUGUUAUUAUGUUUGAAGCGAAGCAACUCUAUUAUAUAUGACAAAGCGACACACCUUUUCAAGGCAGUUGUGUCAGCCUGGAGUUUACCUUCAUCCGUAUGCAAUUUAGACUUUGAGUUGAUCAACAGCAUUAAGCCCCCGUCGGAUCUUUUUGUUGAAAGCCAAAUCAAUAUACUCAGAAUUGCUAAGGAGAGUAAGCGCAAGAUUAAUGCAUUCCACAUCCACAAACUUGAAACAGAGCUUUAUAACUCAUAUUGGGAGAAUGAUAAAUCAUGGCAGAUACAGUACCUAAUUUUGAAACUGCUUAUUCAGAUCGAAAACGAAUAUGAACACAAAGAUUUCAGUUCUGAUGUUAUAGAGUUGAUCAUCAACAACUGUAGCAAUGAGCAUCCUCUACUGAGUGAUUUGUGUCUUUGUUCUUCAGUAAGCAUUGUGAACAAAUUUGUCAAUCUUUCAUUAUAUGAGCACAACUUAUCGAAUAUGCAUGAUGUUGAUUACUUGGUUAAAGAAUUCACUCGUAUUGAUACUACCCCCAAGAAAGAAAACGGGAAUAAUUAUAUUAAUGAAUAUUUAGCUGAAGUCCACAAUCUUGAAAGUCCAAAAUACUUUUUUGACAACAAAAUAGGCACUAAUUCCUUAUUUUGGAGUCGAGACUUGAUUGCUAUAAAAGGCGACAAUCUUUCAUCAAAUGAGCUAGAUCUAACUCCAAAAGAACAAGAACUCUUCAGACGUUUAGGACAGAAUGUGAUGAGCAAAGAAUGGUUCUACAAUAUUUUCAAAACUAUGGUCCAGGGAUUGGAACAGAAUCCCAACUUUCGAUCGUCGCAUGUCUAUUUCACAGUUAACGUCAUUCAGAUGAUUGUGAACAACUAUGUCCCCGCAUCUAAGUUAUGUGUUCAGGACAUCAUCGAUCUCAUUGACCUGAUAUAUGUUAAGGAUGAGAAAGCCACACAUGUUUUGACAAUGGAGCUCAUUAUCGGACUGAUAUUAGGGUACAAGAUCGCUGAUCAGAAGUAUAAAGACAUUGUGUGUGAGCAAGUUCUUGGACGCUUUGAAAAGAUCAUUUGCAAUGAUUUGUCUCCCGACACGUAUCCGGUAUGGAGUAUUUUAUCCUGGUGGCUACCGCAACAUUUGGAUGUCAGGCGGUAUCCCAAGAUAUUUAAGUUCUUUACGGAUUUUAAAUUUGAGAAUACCGAUGAACGAAGCAGCUUUGGGACACAUUCCCGUUUAGGGCUGCUCAAGUAUUUUAUUAGCAGUUUGGGAAAAAGAUAUCCCUUAAACGAAACUACGUUCGACAAUUUGAUUGGUAAUAUGAACAGUUCCUUUUCCAAAGUUAGAAUUCAAGUCUCGUUGAUUUUGUCGAUGCUCACAUUUAUUGGAAUAGCAAGGAAUCCAAGCUCAACUUUUCAGGAGUUUUUAGUGAACGUUAAGAAUGAUGAGGAAAAUGUUGAAACUCAUUUGGGGAUUGUGGAACCUUAUAAGUCAGCACUCUCUUCAUGUUUUGAGAGGAUAGAAUCAUUGAGGAAAGCAACAAUUGAUAUGAAUUCUCAAGACGUUGCAAGAAAUGAUUAUAUCUACGUUUCCAAGACGUUCAUUAAGUAUAUGGAUUCUUUAUUUUUCACCCAAGAAUCAGCUGCCAUUCAAGCCAAGUCUAUUGUGCCAUAUAUCCAGUUUCUAUUCAAGCUAGAUGAAAGAAAGGAUGUUUGUUAUCUCUCACAGAUUUCACCAAUGCAGUCAUACCUAUUGUUACCAUUCUCGUUGAGCAACGGCAAACCACUGCAACUUGUCCUUCAAAGUUUAUUGAACCUACAUGAUAUUUCCCAAGAUCCUCUGUGGCAUCAGAUUCUGUCAAUUUUGGACUUUACCAAAUCUAUUUUCUAUUUGAAAUACCUAAUAUUGAAUACUGAACAGCACAUGGAGCUGGUCAAUUUUGUUGCAAAGUUUCUAUUCCAUGGGAAUUCUGAAGUCCGAACAUCUGCUGCAAAAGUUCUAUCAGGUAUGAUUCAAACGUUGAGUGAUAGCGAGGUAGAGUAUCUCAUUUCCAAUAAUUUAGCCGAUUAUCUGAAGGGGCUUACUGCUGACAAGAAAAAGUAUUUGAAACUAAAAACAAAGCCCAAAAGCUCGAAGUCUGAAGAUCCGAAGAAGGAUCUACCAUUACUAUUAAACGAGUUGCACGGCUACACCCUUGGAAUCGGAAGUUAUUUGCAAGCUUUUCCUUAUAUCUCGCCAAUUCCUCCAUGGAUUCCUCAAAGUUUAUCGAUUCUUGCUAACAAUUCAGUGAGUGUCGAAGGUAUCGUUGGGAAAACUGCCAAAGAUCUUUUGAGCACAUUUAAGAAGACUAGACAAGAUACAUGGCAUAUAGACAGUAAGUUCUUUGGCCAAGAUCAACUAGAAGACUUGGAAGGUGUUCUUUGGAAAAGCUAUUUCAUAUGA